AUGGAGAGCAGAAAACGCAAGGCCGAUGAUGAACUCGAUCCCAGCAUUGCCGAGAGCGUGUCAGAUGUCAAUCCUGCUACGGUUGACAGCGCGCCUGGGGUCGAUUCCAUGACUGCUAACAGCGUCCCUGGGGCUGAACCCAUUACGGCUGACAGCAUUUCCAAAGUCGAUCCCGCCAUGGCCGCUUACAUCGAGAAGAGACGCAAAGAAAAGGAAGACUUUCUGAUACGGCAGGGAAGGGCAUUGUGGGCGAAUUACUGGAUUCCGAGAGAAAAACAGCUCUCCAGGCCUUUCGGGCCACUGCCAAACCAUCCAGAGGUGAUCGAGGUCUGGCAACUUGUGGAGGGGCAAAUCAUUGACGGACAGUAG